AUGGGACUAGAAGAAGCCAUUGAUCUUAAAAUCAAGAUUCUGGAUGUGUAUGGAGAUUCUGCUCUAGUUAUUAAUCAGAUCAAAGGAGAAUGGGAAACCCGUCAUCUUGGUUUAAUUCCUUACAGAGAUUAUGCCCGAAGACUGUUGACCUUCUUUAACAAAGUUGAGUUCCAUCACAUACCUUGUGAGGAAAAUCAAAUGGCAGAUGCAUUGGCUACCUCGGCUUCCAUGUAUCAAGUGAAGUUUCCAAAUGAAGCUACUCAAAUUACAAUCAUGCGCCUAGAUAGGUCUUCUCAUGUAUUCACUGUUGAAGUUGUCACGGAUGACAAGCCGUGGUUUUAUGACAUUAAAGUCUUCUUACAGAAACAAGAGUACCCACUUGGGGCAUCUAGCAAAGACAGAAGAACUUUGAAAAGAUUGUCUGAUAAUUUCUUCUUGACUGGGGAUGUGCUCUACAACAGGAAUUUUGACAUGGUAUUGCUCAGAUGCAUGGAUAGACACGAAGAAAACCUGUUAAUACAAGAAAUUCACGAAGGAUCUUUUGGCACUCGUGCCAAUGGACAUGCAAUGACAAGAUACUGA